CAUUACUGACUUUGUUGUUAUUAUCAUAUAUUUUUAUUUAUGUAUUAUUGCUCGUUUCUUUUAGAUGGCAUGUAAAUGUCCUAAAUGUCUUCAUCACUUAUUUGAAAUGUUUAGUCAAUGGGUGUGUCUUUUAGUUCGAUUCAUUGCGCUGGCAGUUGCUGCAGAGAUGUGUCCAGAAUCGAAAUCAGAGUUGGUUAUAUCAAUCAUCAUCACAAUUAUCUCAUUUAUAUUAUCUAUACCACAAUGCAAAGCAAUUUGUUCAAAGUAUCCUGAUGGGAUUCUAGGAAGAUGUUGCAAGAACACAAGCGAUCUGCUUCUUCUAAUUAUUCAACUUGUUUUGUCACUGGUUGCAACUGGAGUUUUGAUAAGUGCGUUUUUAUUUAACAAUAAUUCAGCACUCAGCAGUACUCUGGAUACAUUUUUUUCCUUAUCAGGUAUUAUUAUGAAGAAAGAGCAACGUCAUUGCGAACUUAUCCCUGUCAAAGUCGCUGUCGUUUCCACCGCUUUGUCAUUCUGUUCAACAUUAAACCUUUGCAAAAUUCAAUUUCCAAAUUGCUUUCCCUCUUUCGAAAAAGAAAUCAAAUAUUCUAAACUGUCGACUAAUGAUCAUCAUGUAAAUAUAGAUCAGCAUUAAAAGUUACCUAAGACGAUAUCUUGUGGUGUCGUUUAAUAUUCUACAAAAAUUUAUAUUUUUUAAGUUUAAUUGUAUUUCAAAGUGACGUACUAGUGACGGCUGCGUUUCAACAAAUUUGUUUUAUUUUUAAUUUUUAAAUUAAUCUCGAAAGUCUUAAACUUUUUUUUCUAAUCUCUAUAAUAAUGAUAACUGUACUUUGCCUGCAAUGUGGCUACCAAGAUACCUCUGACAAUACACGAAAACAAAUUUUAGCAACGAAGAAUAACAUGUUAUUUUCUAAUUCUUUGCAUGCAAUCGAAAAUAACAUGAUUUAUUAACUCUUUGUAACCUUUGUAUAUGCGAUACAAGUGAAGUAAUCAGGCUACGUUGAUGUGUGAUAUUUUCAGGCUUAUUCUGACCUUUUUCUUUCCCUGGUCACGUGACAAAGCAAAGUGUACAUUUUUAACAUACCCGGUUAUAAGCCUUUAAUAAAUUCAUAUCUUAAAAAGCAUUACUAACAUAUUGACCGGAGCGGGAUUCGAUGCGCAGUCACUAGAACUAGAAGAAGUAUAUAUGGCAUGAACGAACCUGCAGAUUUAUUCAUCUAAAAGUAUGCGUAUUUUGUCUGUUGUUUGGCCAAAACCGAGUCAUGCUAAACACGCACGAAAUCUUUAAGCUAAAAGUAACUAAUGCAACAUAUGUUUAAUAAAGGCUGUGACUCGUGAAUUAUUGUGGAUUUUUUACGAGCUAGUAACAAGUCCAUAUCAUAAUGCUUGCCGUACGUCCCUCUACCUAACAGUUGUAAGAGAGAAUCUUGGCGUGUUAUUUCCUGGUCUAGAACAACAGUUUUAUGACUUAAACUUAUACUAUUGUGUUUAGCUUGAAUGUGAAAGUUUGACAAAGAC